AGCAGCGAGCCCUCAGCUGCUCGCAGUCCUGCUCAGUCCUGCGCUGGCAACGCUAAACUGGCGGCUGCAACUGCGAAAAACUUUUAUUCUUUUGAGUUUUCCUGCCUUCCCCUUUGUUGAAGAUGACCUAACAUCGAAAGAGAGCCUCUGCUGGCCAGGGAUUGGCUAAUGUUUGAAGACACCCUCCUACCUCACAAAUCAUUAUCUUAAGCACUUGAGGGCUGCUCUGCAGAUGGAAGGUCACUAAACCGGUCUUCUGUUUUGCUCAGAUGCACUAUCUGCCCUACACCCUCAUCUAAAAUGGCUGCCCAUGGCCUUCUUCAGCAUCUGAAAAGACUGGAGCCCAGCUGUGUGUUAUCAUGGUGAUCAUUUUCUUGAAAACACUGGAAAAGAAGAAGGGUGUCAAUGAUGUAAGGCCCACGAACACAGAGAGACAGCUGCGUGACCUCCACACCAUGAGUAGAGGGACCACCCUCUUCUCCUGUGGAACUGUGGAGGCAGAUCGGUGGCUGGACCGGGGGCAAAGCUGUGGCAUCCAGCAGAGAGCUCCCUGCCAGUCUGGUGCCAGUCUGGAGAGCCUGUGGGAUGUGAUGCCUGAGCCAGGGAGCUGGCACUGGGCCAGGGAGCCAGGCACAGCAAUCACCAGUCUGAUAAGAGAUCUCAGCCUCGGAGACGGCAGCAUGAGCAGCCCUCACCCCCUCGCCACGUCCACCACUGGGCACUACACCACUACGGCCACCUGCCAAGCUCCAACAGCACCUCCAAGUAAACGUCAGUGUCGCUCCCUUUCCCUCUCUGAUGAGUUCAGUGGGUUUCGCUCAUCUUGGAGGCCCCAAGGCUCACGAGUGUGGACGGCAGUGGAGAAACGAAGGUGCCACAGUGGAGGAAGUCUCAGAGCAGGAGGGGGUUUCUCCAGCAGCAACUUUCCCACCAUGCAGCGUAGCUCCAGCUUCAGUUUGCCCUCACGGUCCAGCAUCCCCUUGGACGGUGCUUUGGACCUGCCGUUCUUCCACCAGCGGCUGCCUCCCCACCCAAAUUUCACCGCCUCUCCAGUCGCCCCUACCUCGCUUUCCUCGCGUCAUCAUCACCACUUCCUCUCCCUCUCCCAUGAGCAGAUCAGCUUGCCAGAGCUCCAAGGUGAAGACGCAUCAGAGGCCAGCUCUCCAGACUCCACACCAGAAUUGGGGAGGCGGACGAGCCAGAGAGCCGGGGUCAGGGGCUGUCUAUCUCGGAGCAGGUCCCAGCCCUGCGUGCUGAACGACAAAAAGAUUGGUAUGAAGCGCAGGAGACCAGAAGACGCCCAGGAGCAGCGGCCCUCCCUGGACUUGGCGAAGAUGACUCAGAAGCUUCAGACCUUUCAGAGCUUGAGCUGUCCUGGAUUCUCAGUUGGAGACAGCUGCCGCUCCGACCUUCCCCCUCUCACCUCUGAGACCUUCACUCAUCUAGACUCGGACUUCGCUGCUGUUUCCGAGCUGGGACUGGAGUCACGGCAGGAAGUGGCCAUCGAUGACGAGGAAGAGGAUUCGUCCUUCGAGGAGCUGGAUAGCGACUCGGCUUGUAGCGUGGACUCCCGGCCCGGGUCUCCUGUGGGCGUUGUGGGCGGUAAACGUCCCCUCUGGAAGGGGGAUUGCAGCACACAGAGGGACAUUUUCCAGCUUGGAGGAGAGCUGGAUCUUGACCAGAUUGAGAGAAACUGAACUUUUUGUAGGAGUUUUUGGAAGAAGACGAUGUCUGGACUAUUAUAGAAAGUUAUUGGACUUCAAGGAUGUAUUAAGAAAUUAUUAUUUGGAGAGAGUUGGAGGAUGUUUUGUUUGAUUGGAAAAAGAAAGAUAAAGAAAGUGAUGGAGAUGAAGAAGGAUGAAGUAUGUUGUAAAGUGCUGGCUUCUUAAUGACACAUUUGCCUUGAACAUUCUCACUGUUGAAUCAAAAAGCAGUGACCUUAGUUUUUUUUUUAUAAUGGGUAUUCAGCUUAACUCAGGAGUAGGAAAGUGAGGGUAAGUCUUAAAAACAGCCCCCGCACUAUCUUUUCAACCUGAUGAUCUUUCCAAAGUCAGCUAACUUUAGAUUUGUAGUACUGUAGCUUUAGCUGGGCUCUCCUGUAUUUAGCUUGAGUUGUAGUUUUUAAGACAAAGUGGGGGCGUCAGUCAUAGAGGGGGAGCUGUCCUCUCUCUUAAUCUGUUUGUGCACACAUGAAAACCAGAUUUUUGUUCCUUUGCUGAAUGUAGGCUCAAUAAGCUUUAUGAGGAGUUCAGAAAACGACGGUGCCUUCCGAAAAAUGCUUGCUCACUCUUCAAGAAACUAGCCUCAAUGGAAGCCACUUUUUCUGAUCUGUUUUUGUAGUUUCUAAAAAUGCAAAUUGUAUAUUUGAAUUCAACACUGAAUCUCAAGUUUUCAGUCCUAAUAUCAAUGUAUAUUUUUCUAAGUAACUGUUUUUUAUGAGCUGUUUGUGAAGGAGCAAAGAAUGCAAGGCCUUUCUUCUAACAGAAUGGACAUGAAAUAAAUGUACAACCUGCACUCAUA